CUAUUAACAGUGAUACACAUGCUGCUGGCACACAGCGUGCACACACACGUUAGAUGAGUCUGUGACUGACCGCCAAGGAAUGACAACAUGGCUGUCUCUCUCUUAUCUGGACACAUACUGACAUGGUACAGUGGAUCCUGUGGCGAUGACACCCCCCUGGCCUCGUUUUCAGACUGACCCGCCGCCGUACCCAAUGCCUGUUUUUGGAGGCAAGAAAUGAUUGACAAGAUAAUGAUUAACCGAUUGGCAACAGGGAUGUCUGUGGGUCACUGUCAACGUGUGUGUACAUGACAGGAGGUGAAGGUCUGGAUGAGCUAGAGAGAGAGAGAGAGAGAGAGGGUGAGUGAGAGAGAGAGAGAGAGAGUGAGUGAGUGAGAGAGAGAGAGAGAGAGAGAGAGAGAGAGAGAGAGAGAGACAAAACUAUAAGAGUGAGUGUGUUUGUGUUACAGACUGCUGAGGUGACUGAAGUGAUAGGCAGUCUUGGGGAGUCAUUAUCAACAGGCAGUGAAGUGAACUUUACUCAAUAAGGGAGCACUAGCAGCAGCUGAGGUGGCUUUUUUUUGGGACGUUUUAUUUCCAACCUCGUUCCAAUGCAGCCACCAGAAUAACAGCAGAUCAGCAGUAUAGCUAUUAGCACAGCAGGACCAGGAGCAGAACUGCAACUUUUGCAGUGCGUUCAGUCCUUCAGUCCCAGUUUGACACCGUGAGAGUAGAAACAGCUGCGGUUGUUGUAGUGAUAGGAGAUACAGGCUGUGAAGUGCCUUCAUCCUCAGGAGCAUCAUCUUCCUCCUCCUCCUCCUUCUCCUCCUCCUCCGCUUCAGCUGCCAUCAAAACCACAACUUCAACUCCAGCAUCAGCCUCAGCAGCACAGUCCUCCACUCCGGCCUCCAGCUACAGCCACAACCUCGGCUGCAGUCUCAGCUGUGUUCAUGGCGUCGGCCGCUCUGGAGCUGAUGGGCUUCUUCCUGGGCCUGCUGGGGAUGCUGGGCACUCUGGUGGCCACGGUGCUGCCGUACUGGCGGACCUCGGCCCACAUCGGCUCCAACAUCGUGACGGCCGUGGCCAACAUGAAGGGCCUGUGGAUGGAGUGUGUGUACCAGAGCACGGGCGCCUUCCAGUGUGAGACCUACAACUCCAUGCUGGCGCUGUCCUCAGACCUGCAGGCCUCGCGCGCCCUCAUGGUCAUCUCCCUGGUGCUGUCUGUUUUCGCCAUCGCAAUGGCGGCCCUCGGGAUGCAGUGCACUGUCUGCUUGGAGGGCACCGGCUCGGCCAAGAGCCGCGUGGCCGGCGCUGCUGGUGGCCUGUUCGUCACCGCGGGCUUCCUAGCGCUCAUCCCUGUGUCCUGGACCACGCACGAGGUUGUCCAGACCUUCUACCGGCCCAACAUCCCCAGCAGCAUGAAGUUCGAGCUGGGGGAGUGUCUGUACGUCGGGCUGGCCGCGGCGCUCGUCUCCAUGCUGGGGGGCGGGCUGCUCUGUGUGUCGUGCUGCGAUGAGCAGGGUGGCGUCCGCGGGAUGAGGCGGCACGGAGGUGGGUAUCCGUAUCCAGCAGGAGGCGCCGUGCCUGGCACCGGGAUGGGCGGAGGGACACGGACGACCUCGCAGACCUAUCGCAACCCCACCCUCCAGAUGGGGGGAGCCGCCACGGCCAGCAGGGGGCAGAUGCUGGCCCGCAGCAACAGUAACAGCUCCCAGUCGAGCACGCAUCGAGUGCAAGGCGCCAAGAAAACCCCCGCAGCAGGAUAUGAUGUCACAGGGUACGUCUGACGAUGUCGUUUCUACACUGAAACAUGACUUUGACUGUCAGGUCGAGUUCAAUCAAAAUCAAAUAUGCAUAUGGAGUGUGAAGAGUGUCACCAUGUGUUUUACAGAGCAAUGAGCAGCCAUUACACAGGACAGAAAAACAAGAGAGACAACAGACGCAUCUCAAGUGAAUCUGGUUCACCACCACAGUGUGUCUGGUGGACCCUGUGCUCCACAACGGACCUUUAGUGCCAGGUUUUUUUUCACAUUUUUAAAUGGUUAUCGAUUAUAAGAAGUCAUUGCUAACAUACAUUUGGAAGUGUGGCAUUUCAAAUUCAGUGUUAAGGCAGAAUGAGUAGGAUUGUUUGGUUGUGGUUUGAAACACAAGAUUCAAAGUUGGCUCCUCCCCCCAGCUAACUUAACUGCUGGCAGCGAGUUUUCAUUUCCUAGGACAGCGACGGAAUGAAAUGACUGCCAAAAUGUAAAAAAAUUCUGUCGCUGUUGUAAGAAAAAGCAGUGGCUGCCAUCACGGCCUCUACUUUUCCAGCAGAACACAGGCCAAUGUGUCGCUCUUCAUCCUCCUCUUCUCCCUCAGAAAACUGACAACUUGAUUCAACAGUGUUCACCUGUCAGAUCAACUCAUCAAACUGAAAUGUUCAGGAUGCAGGGCAGCACAUGUUUGUGUUUGCAUUUUCCUUUUCAUUGCGAAAUAUGACUUUCCCUCAUAUUUCAACACCGCUUAUGCCAGUAGGUGUGAAGCGCAAAUAAGUGGUCUGAAUCCGUCCUGGACCUCCAGAGCCUCAGAUGUUGAAGAUGGUGCACAGAUGACAUUUAUUUUCACUCGAUCUGCAGACAUCAUUCAGGGUUUGGUCUUUAUGUUUUGUAAUUUGUUCAGAUGUUUGUUGUACAUAUUCAUGAUGCCUGAUAAGUUUUCACACUGUGCUUGUGCAAACUGACCAGGAUUUAAUUCCAGCACAUCAAUUGACCCUCUGUGAAGUGAUUUACACCGAGUACCAAAAUGUAUCACUUAUUUUUUACUUGA